AUGCUUGAGCAGAUACACAGCGCUCAUUUGGGAGCAGAGAGAUGUAUAAGAGCAGCUCGCGAUUCGCUGUAUUGGCCAACGUUUAACAACGAUAUCAAGUAUCUGUGCGAUAAUUGUGAAGUCUGUCAAGAGCAUAAACCAGAUCAAACCAAACAACCGAUGCAGAGCCAACCCAUUCCAAAGCGUCGAUGGCAGUAUGUUAGUACAGAUUUGUUUUCGGUCAAGAACGACACAUAUGUUGUCGUCGUUGAUAAUUUAACGAAGUACUGGGACAUCGAAGAACUGGAGGAAACAAGUGCCCAAAACACGGUUCUGCAAACUAAGAAGAUUUUCUCGAGACAUGGAGUGCCAGAGUUUGUUAUAUCAGACAAUGGACCCCAGUAUACAAGGAAUGGGGUUGCUGAGGCAGCAGUGAAACAAGCGAAGAGGAUACUAAAGAUGAGUAGCGAUCCUUGGUUAGCGGUCUUGGAGAUGCGAAACACCCCUGAUGAACUGGCGUCGCCAAAUGAGAAACUAAUGUCUAGAAGAACCAGAACUACUCUUCCUAUUAAGCCUGAGUUAUUGGAACCUGUCAUAAUAUCCACUAAAACCAUUGUUAAAGCGACAGUGAAGAAGAAACAGCAAAACAAACGAUACUAUGACAAAGUUUCCAAACCCUUACCUCCCUUGGUUGUAGGAGAGAACAUUAGAACUAAAAUUAAGCCUAGUUCUCAUCCUUGGUCUAGCGGAACUGUCGUGGGUAAACACAAUGACAGAUCUUAUAUAGUUGAAGCUAACGGAAAACAGUAUAGAAGAGAUCGGCUCCACAUUCGGAAAGGUUGUGAGCUUGUGAUUCCGAGGUCAAACAGCCCUACCCAUUCUGCAGGUUAUGAUAUCCUUCCUCGUCAGGUUAUACCAUCAAGAAAGGUCCUAACCUCGCCUCAGCGUGUUGAGCCAGAAGAUAUCGAGAUUUCAACGUCAUGUGACAAACAAUCCAAGUCACCAACGAAGCCGCUCAAUAGUACCCAUGAACCGUUAAACGUUCCAGACCCACAGACCUCUUCCACAACCUUAAGAAGAUCCGGACGCGUACGAAAACCUAACCCUAAGUAUAAAGAUUUUGUCUUGGACUAA